AUGGUAACGUUCCGCUGGUAUUCGUAUGUUUCCGUUCACACCGAGCUCCCCAUUCGACAGUUGAGUUUUCUUGUCCCUUGUUGCUACCCGUCCGUACCAUUCGAACUGCUCUCCUGCAUAGAAAUGGCUGAAGCUCCCCCACGGCCCUGCCGGUUUUUUUGUCACCGGUGUUCGACAGAGAUCAGUCCACGUUUGCCGGUAAGAAGAUAAGAGACUCUCGUAUCUAUGUGAGACUGGAUAAAUCGUAUUCGAGCGUGUUAGACAUUUAUUGCCGUUUUUUGUUUUGUUUUUGUUCCGGUCACACCACGUCGCCCCAGUGCUGCUGUUUAGCUACGCUAGUUAGCUUCUCCUAUAGGCAACAACUGUCCAAUGUGACAGUUCAGCGGUAGCGAUACAUGUGAUGUUAGAUCCACGUUUUGGUUUCGUUUUGGACAGAAAACAUGAUCUUCAUUGCGUUAUAUCUAAUAGUAGCUACGUAGAGCCUGAUGUGGCAGCUUGGCCUCAGCCUGCAAGCUAACAGAAAAGAGCUCAGAAUCACUAUUUCACCUCGAUUUCGCGUCAGAAAGCUACUCACAGGUUUCUGAUUUUACUUAAUGAGUUACACCGCUCGUUUUCCCACAUAAUUAAUUUAUUAUUAUGAUAAUUGCUGUAAAGCGUAGGGAAGAGUCAAAGUGAAGCAGUAUCCCUUUAGUCCAAAGCUAAUCUCAGUAAUCAGAAUUGCUGCUGUGGCAACAGCCCGCGUGCCUGCCGCCACAGCAGUCUGUUUUCAAGCCAUGCAUGGGAAGCUUCUUGAAUUUUACAGUAACAGUUUCUUUAUUGUCAGUCAGUUGCUUCACCUGUAUGACAAUCAUGACAAUGUGCCCCCAGGUGCUUAAAUUUACCAAUACGAGGUGCUCAUGAUUCGUUAUGUGUAAAUGGAGAUCGCUGUCAGUGGUAUUGAUGAACUUUAUGUGUAUGUGGAGGUAUUCCUACAACUUUUUUCUACAUAAAAUUUUUUUAUUCAUAUUUAUAUUUAAUCUGAAGACAAUACAUCUUAAAAUGACAAAAGGUAGAUAAUAACUACUGAUAAAUUAUAGUUACUUAAAUAUACACAAAGGCUCACAAGGGAGCGUCUACACACAGUAAGAAUUAUUGUAAGAAUAAUUUUGAUAAUUAUUAUUUGUCCACCAUUACUGCACCUGCAUAAAAAAGCAUCCAUCCAUCCAUUUUCUACCACGUAUCCCCAUUACCAGAGUCAACAGUGAGGCAACAGUGCUAACCACAACCACAAAAAAGCAAAGAAACACAAUUGAAUCAGAGUUCUGAGAAUGUUUGAGGACUGCCUGAGUGUUCAUUUCUUCAGUGUCUUUGUAUCAAUAUCACUGAUUGAAGACUAACUAUUAAGUAUAUCUUAUCAUAACACACUCAUUUUCAUGCAGCUUGUGUAAUAACCACAUAGCUGAAUCAGCGUCUUUCCGACAGCCUUGAGUUAUAGCCUCCAUUAGAGAGGGAUUCAGACAGAACCGUUGAAUUACAUUGUAUUAGUGAAAGCUGUGUGCAUAACAAACAGACAUCUGUACACGUUGUUUUAGGAGUAAUCAUACCCGUGUAUUUUAAUUUCAGGAUUACACUUGCCCACGUUGUGAGUCUGGUUUCAUUGAGGAACUACCUGAAGAAAGGAGGUACAGAGACUUACUGUUUGCAAAAUGUGGUUAUUGUUGUUUUUAAAGGUUGUUUGAAUCUAAGCUUUUAAUUGCCUUUAUACAGUACUGAGAAUGGAUCAGUAUCAACGUCCACUUCGUCCAUCAGUGAUCAGAGCCGCCCAACCUUUGAGGUUAGUGAAAACUCUUAAAUCAGCUAGUACAGGAAAAUGCAUCUGAUUCUUUGAUGCUGACGUUAUCCUCAUCUUUUCCUUCCAGAACAUGGAUCACCAACACUUAUUCACUUUUCCCUCUGGGUACGGUCCCUUUGCUCUUGGGAUUUUUGAUGAAAACUUUGACCUUCGAACGCGGCUACCCACAGAGGACAAUAGAGAAACAGAAAACAGGAGAGAAAGGGAAAUGGCAUCACGGCAACGAUAUAGUGCACGGCAACCCAGGGGUCGGCAUGUUCCUCGACGACAGGGUACGCGCCAUGAAGGAGUGCCCACAUUAGAGGGGUGAGACUUUUAUUGCAGAGCAGUAUGUAUGUGUGGGAGGUCAGUGUGGGACACAAAGAUGAAAAAAGGAUAUGAGUAAAAACUCAAAUCAUUUUUGCCCCCUUGACAGAUAAUAUUGAUGGUUUGAGAGUUAAGUGAUGCCUGAGUAACAUCUUGUUCAUGCUCCAUUAAAAAGUACAAAAAAAGGUUAUUUUUUGUGAUUUGUUAAAUCAAAGCGUAGCACGCAGGAUGAUGAUAUUUUAGUAUCAUGAUUAUAACUGUCAACGUGAUAUUCCUGUGAAAAAAGUUUUAACGAAUAUCUAUUUAAACCAUGUUUUGAAUAAGUACCUGUAGUUUUAUCAAUUUUUUAAUUCAUUUUUGCUUUCUUAUCAUCACUAUGUACAGGAAUUGUACAGUAAUAGAGUUUACAUGAGAAGACAAGUUCAAAUUCCUUGUACAAUUUAUCAAAUUGCUAAUCAUAGCUAAUGUUCUGUUUUUUACAUUUACAGGAUUAUUCAACAGCUAGUAAAUGGAAUUAUAGCACCUACAGCCAUGCCAAAUAUAGGAAUGGGUCCAUGGUAGGUAAAAUAACCUGUAGUCUUUUUUGUGAACUUGUUUCAUAUCAUGGAGCAACCUCCAUUGCAGCUGUCAGCUGUGUUGGGCUAGUAUGUGUUUUUUUCAUUACUGUCUUGUAUUGCAGGGGAAUGUUACAUUCAAAUCCAAUGGACUACGCCUGGGGUGCCAAUGGUCUUGAUGCUAUCAUAACACAGGUAUUGAAAUUAAAGUACUCUGCAUGACACUAGAGAUUAAAGUGCAUAGAAACUAAGUAGAGACACUUUUUCUCUAGAACUACAAAAAUAAUAUUUUCAUAAAAACAUAAAUGAUAAUUUAUUUAAGUGACGUUGUUGAUUAAUUGAUUGAUAAAUUAAGAUUCCAGGAUAAAAAGUCCUGAGGAGUUUCUGCAUGUCAAAGAUGCGUUGAUAUAAAAUAAGUUAUACUCAACCCCAUAAAGCAGUUUUGUAAGAAUUCAUUCUUGUUAUCAGGCUUAUAGCUGGAUCUGAAAGUUGUCUUGACAGAACAAAAUCCAUGCACAUGCAGAGGAGACUGUUUUUGGUAUGAUUUUCUUUUUUGAUUGUAGUUAUUGAACCAAUUUGAAAACACGGGUCCCCCUCCUGCCGACAGGGAAAGGAUAAAGAGUUUACCAACUAUAUCCAUUACUGAGGAACAUGUGGGUGAGUCAACAUGUCAUUCUCUCUCUCUUGGUUAUUGCUACACUCUUGCUGAGAAACAUUCAAAACAACUCCCCUGGUAUGAAUCUGAAAGAUAUUUUUCUAACAUUAAUCUAAUCAGCCACUGAUUAAGUCAUCUUUACAUCUUACUGUCAAAAAUAGUUUCAUGUCAUUGCAGAGUAAUGAAGAAUGAUUACAAAAAUGAUCUUUGUACCUCUACUUAGACUAUCAAUUACCAUGUUGCUAGUUGUAGUGGAGCACAGUGCUUGAUCUCAGCUGCAAACUGCUCAACUCUGUCUCAACUCAAACAAACAGAAUCUGCGGGAUCAGAAUUUUUCCAUGCAGCUGACACUUGUGACCAUGAAUGACACACACACACACACACACACACACACACACACACACACACACACACACACACACACACACACACACACACACACACACACACACACACACACACACACACACACACACAGACAGUCACACACACACAUUCAGAAUGUGGUUUUCUGUUUAAACAGGUGCCGGUUUAGAGUGUCCUGUCUGCAAAGAAGACUACAGCAUUGAGGAGAGUGUCAGACAACUUCCAUGUAAUCAUUUAUUUCACAAUGACUGUAUAGUACCGUGGCUGGAACAGGUAUGUAUUAAUAAAGAGUGUCCUAAACAAAUCUGCAAGACUUGUAUCAGACACUGACCAUUUAUCUGCUCUAUCCUCCUGAAUAACAUAUAAGUCACAUUUGUGGGUCUUCAAGUCUUGUCAAACUCAGAAAUAGUACAAGCAAACAAAACAUUUGUUGUUGCAAAUCUUGCUUCAUUAAGAUCCAGUUUGUGAUGUCAUUAUGUCAGGUAAUUUAUUAGUCUAAACUCUCAGAAAAUGAGGACUCAGGAGACUGUGAUGGCUCAUGUUAAAUAGUUUAUGUGAUUGAGGAGAAAAGAUCAAUAGUUUACAGAAGAGAGCAGAACUAAAUUCUGUCGGACCAUCUCUCUGGCAUGAUAUUUAUCACCUGGGAUAAUGAUGAUAAUGUUGCUUUUCAUUUAUGGCUAUUCUAUGGAUGCACAGUUCAUGUAUUCUUACCUACAUUUGAUGAUUGACAACGCAAAUGUGUCUGUAGAGGGGACGCUGUCUCUGCAACACGAGCAAUUCUGAUAAUUUGAGUAAUUUAGGAUUAAGAAAGAGUAUGCUGAAAAAGACCAAGUAAUAUUUGUUUAUUUCUUGCAUGUCAUAAUAUUUUCCAUUGUCGAGCAGUUAUCACUGACUAUGACCUACACCACCACCAAAUACUCUAACACAACCCGUGUGGAGUAAGAUGUUUUGAAUAUUUUGAUUUAGUAAGAAGGAUAGGCGUUAAUAAGCUUUUGCUUCAGCCUAUGCCUUUUCGGUCCGGUUAUCUUUUUCUUUUCUUAUAAUUUACUGUAUAUAUUGAAUGGAUAUGACCAGAUCGAAAUAAACUUCAAACUUCAAACUUCAAGUCCUAGUUAGUUACCCAUGUUAAGCACAAGUUCAGUUCGUUCAACAGUCAUGUCACUAGAACUCUGUACUUGAAGAUUUUAAUCUCUUUUCUCCAUGUUUCCCGCAGCAUGAUACAUGUCCUGUGUGCAGGAAGAGUCUAAGUGGACAGAACACAGCCACAGAUCCACCAGGGUUAUCAGGAAUGAACUUUUCUCCAUCCUCCUCAUCCUCCUCCUCUCCCAGCUCACCUAGCAAUGAGAAUGCCACAAGCAACUCGUAGAAUCAUCACGACCACCUCGCAUCUGAGAAUCCUCACAACACGAGCGAAGCAGGCCGCAGCGGCCCCUCUCGAUGGCUGAGACCAGGAUGGCUGGCUGUCUCAAUUCAAGAGGACAAUAUGGAGGUGAACUUUGGAAUAGUUAUCGACUGUAGGCCUCUCACUCUUCCCCUCCUGUGUGGAUGCUGGGUAAAGCUCCUGCUGCUUUGGUGGCUGAAAAUUUGAGGAGGUGGGACGGGGAAGUUUCAAAAGAGGCCAAUAAAGGUAGUAUUGUAUUAAAAGUGGAUUAGAGUUUGAGCCUGAAUUGACUUUGUUUUGAUGAAGUCGUGUCUUCACAAAGAGGCUGGGACACGUUUUAUAGCAACGAGAUGGACUGCCUUUCUGUUUUAUUUUUUAAACAACAUUUCUUGUGGUGGUGCAGAGUACAUAGGUGUAGAUAGAGAAUUAAUUUUGAACUGUCAGCUGCUGAACAGCCAACAGAUCAAACAAAAAAUUAGCAGAAAGGGAACUGAGUGUAAGUAUUUAUUUAUUUGCACCUUUGUUUUUUAUUUUGCACAAAAUUCUGUCUUAUUUUGAGAAUGUGAAUUUCGGGAAACUACUGAACACAAAGGGAGAUUUUUUGUCAAAAGAUUUGCAUUGAAUGAGUCUUAUAAGACUUUCUUGUUUUUUUAAGAGAUUCUCUUUUAAGCAGCUUGAUCCAGUGUUCUCGGUGUAUCUCGACAAGGUAAAAAAUCCUCAAAGCUCAAAACCUUCUUAUUUAUUAAUCACCUGCUGAAGAUAAAAACCGAGAACUGUAAAAGGAAAAUCAACACAUAAAAAAGGCAUGGGAUCAUUGUACGUCUAUUGAAAUGACCAAACGUGUUUCAUAAAACAAGUGAUAAUUAUUUUAUUUACAGAUUUUUCGUACAGUCACAAUAAAGUGCUCAAAAACACACAAUCAGAUUUUGGGGAAUGUUUCUGUGAGUAGUAAUGACCUCUUAGUCCUGUUU